CGAACUUGCGAUGAUUUUUCUUGGAAUCCUAUAUAGGUUGCUAGCAUCGUUUGAGCUGGAAUAGUUCUGUUCACAGCACUGGCGCAUUUCCUGAACCCAUAUGUGCAUUUUUUUGUUGUUUUAAGUACUUUUAUAUACACAAUUAUGCCCACAGGUAAUAAGAAACCAGUGUUUCAGAAGAAAACCUGAUCACAUGGCUAGAUAACACAGGUAUCCCGAACCAGUGUGUGAGCGCCUGCAGGCUUUCUGCGGCUGCCAGAAGUACAUAUUUCUUUGAUUAGUAAGAACUGCCAGGUGACGCUUCAUAAAAUAUAAAUGCAACAAAGUCUGAGAGAGCGCAAUAAAACCUUCCACCCCUCAGUCUUGGAGGACAAGCGCAAGAAGGUUAAGCAACUGCAGGAAAUGGCUUUGGAAGUUCCAAUUUCUGUUUAUCUUUUAUUCAAUGCAAUGACGGCGCUGGCUGAAGAGGCAGCUGUCACCUCGACGCCUGCAGCCAUAGCCCCAGGAACCAACGGGACCAUUAACCAAACUGAAGCCAACAACACGGAAGGGGCCAUAGCCUUGAGGUUCUCACACCCUUGCCUGGAAGACCACAACAGUUACUGCAUCAAUGGCGUUUGUGCCUUCCACCAUGAACUAGCCAAAGCCAUCUGCAGGUGUUUUACUGGCUACACUGGAGAAAGGUGUGAGCACCUGACGUUAACAUCAUACGCUGUGGAUUCUCAGGAGAAGUACAUUGCAGUUGGGAUUGGCGUGGGAUUACUUCUAAGUGGUUUUCUUGCUAUUUUUUACUGCUACAUAAGAAAAAGGUGUCUAAAAACAAAAUCACCUUACAACAUCUGUUCUGGAGGUAGACCACUGUGAGGCUCCUUGAGGAGCGUCUGUCGAGGCAUCUGUAAAACUCAGUGGGUUCAAAAUUGAAAUCUUCCAAUGAAAGAAUGAAACUUGCCAAGCUAACUAGACUUGAACAUAAGGGACGCUGGUGUCAGGAUGAAGUGAGAGGGGAAAGCUGCCGUCACUGGGAUGCAACUGCAGCCCUGGGAACAAGUGACAGUGGCGGGAAUCAAAUCCAAGGUCCCACUCUGGGUUUGUUGUGUGGCAAUUGUCCUUACUGCAGAAAGACUGAGUCAUGUGUCUGACUGUGUCAGAUGUGAGUUUUCACAGGAAUAAUUAUCGAUGUACAGCAAGCCAAAGCAACCCAAGUGUGGGUCCUUGGGGGGCCUGCUACCCGCCUCCCGGACUACCUGGACGGGGCCUCUGUGACUCCUAAUCCCAACCAUGCUGCCUUCAUGGUGUCUGUAAAAGAACGUGACGUCCAUUUCAGGAUGAAAGCAGUGUUAUGGCACUUCCAGGGAAGCAAACAUGUGGUCUAGGCCGUGGAGAAGAUGGACCAUCCAGGACAAAUGCGGAUCCUGCCCAGCUGUGACUGGGCACACUUUAUAUGUGAAACACGGAGUAAGACAAAGAGUUUCUGAGGGCUGAAAGCUAUCUGGACAUUGAGUCCCAAGGAGGCAAAGCGUUUCUGUUUCUGCGUGGAUUACAAAACUGUGUUGGGCUUUUCUUCAUCACCUCCUCCAGUUUAUCAGUGGAAUUACCUGGUAACCAUUCAUUUGGACCAAACUCAAAGAAUUCUCCUAAUAAAUAAAAAUCUAUUAUUGGUCCUGAAAUAGACAUUGAAGAACUGGAUGGAGGAAUCUGCACUAGCCUACAGCAUGUGGAAACGUUCUUUACCAUUUCUGAACAUGUGAUAGCAGAUUUGCACGUAGAGAGAAAAAGUGGAGCAGUGGUUGAAGUCACUAACUCUUUAGGAAUCAAUGUCCUUCCUCUUUAAUUACAGUUCUGCCACACAGUGUGAACAGUUUUGCUCAGGUUCUUAAUUUGGGGGCUUUGGUUUCAUUUUCCACAAGGCCCUUCCUUGUUUCUACAAAAUUUGACAGUGACAGAGGAAACCAUUUGUCCAAGUCAGCAUUGCAGGUGAGAUAAUCCCAGCCCAUCCCAAAGUCCACCACCAUCGGGGGUUAUCUUCAGGGUAUAUUUUAAUGUUGGUUUGUAAAAUAAUAAUUUAUUUUUAA